AUGUCUUUCAAGGUUCUCUCUCUGCUCCUCGCUUCUCUGGGCUUUGUUUUGAUGGAAGAAAAUGUCUCGGGCGUAAGCAUAAGGGCUCCCAGUGCCAGACCAGUGCAAAGACGCUACUCCGAGGCCACCCUGGCAAGCGAUUACAGCCGCGCGAUGGAUAACAUGCUGAAGAAGAACUUUGUGGAAUGGUUGCUAGCCAGACGGGAGAAGAAAAGCGACAACAUCAUCGAGCCCUACAAGAGGGAAGCUGAGCCCCAAGUAUCAGCUGCGAAUGGCCAAAAAUUGGACCUGGACACCCAGGAAGCCAAAGACUUCUUCGCCUGGCUUCUCAAGGCCAAGAAAAAUCAGAGUUUUACUCCUCUGGAAGGUUCAGAAGGUUUGAAGGAUGUUUUGAACCAGGAGUUUCUGACAUGGCUGCUGUCGACUGAUCUCUGCAGACCAACGUGA